AUGGCCACCCAACACCAGAACAUCUGUCCGUUACCAGGAGAUCUCCGUUUCUAUCUUCUCCGCGGAAAUACCAUGGUGCCACUCAUACCAGCCGAUCAGCUACCAUUCCAGCUCAAGGGGAUUCCGCGGCAACUUACGCAUCGUCAAAUGUCAGACCAGGGCUGGAAGCUAUUCAAGGAGACAAAAGACGCGCUCUCUAUGCUUUCAGUCCAAGCACCCAUUUCCAAUGAUGGGCCCUCGCACUGCUCUCCGGAUGGGAAACCUCAAUAUCUCGCGCCCGACCACAAUGUCCGGACUGAAUCGCAGAACACAAACACAGCUCUCAGUCACCCAGGCCGGUUGUCGCCGCAAUCACCAGCACUUGAUACAUAUGAGAACCUCGGCACACCGUCCACCACCGGGGUCGAACGCCAGUCGUCGCUAGCCGACGCCGUGGCGUCUGUGUACCAUAGGGAAGCCCAGCGAUCUGGGUACAACAACGCUAACCCCGGCCCAGAACCCUCGAAAAAAGUAUAUUGUACACACUGGAUUGCAACCGGCGAAUGCAGAUGGAUGCACACAGGGUGCAAAUACAAGCACGAAAUGCCUGGGACCGAAAAGCUUCGCGAACUAGGUUUCACCCGUGGCACCCCCAGGUGGUGGAGGGAACGAAAUGCAGUGUCUCCUGCCAAGCCACUAACUUGGAUGCAGCGCAAAGUAGGCGGAGGAGCAAGCAGCGACGGUCUAGAGCCGCCUGCUGAAAACAUGCCUCCUCCCGCUCGUUCAUUCCCAGAACCGCUACCAUUCCGCACUCGCAGACUCCAAGACCGAUAUGCAUCCAGUGGCGAGAUACACAAGAUCGGUGGCGUUUCCAAGCGACCGGAGCACUCAACUGCCAAAUCGACUAUAGUAGUACUGCCCCCAACCCCCAACCUCAUAGACCUAGACGACACGCCCGUCAUCUCCCCACCUAGCCCCUCGCAAUCCCAAACCUCGACCGCUGAAUCAAGCGAGACUCGCUCCCCUCUUUCCUGCGCCUCCUACUUCACUCCUCCCACUUCUCCCGGACUACCCCGCAAAUCCCCGCUUACCAAGCCUCUACGUCGAAAAAUAGGGCUUGUGUCGUCGUCAUCGUCGUCGUCGUCUUCUUCCCCCAGUUCUUCUUCGCCGUCGUCAUCGUCUCAGGAAGAUGGUUCGGAUACUGAGACUGAAACUGAUACUGAUGACGUUCCUGCUGCCCCUGUUACUGCUACUACGCAUCGACAGCGCCGUUCUAAGCGCGAUGCUAGUGCUCUGAAUGCUAUGUCAGCUGCCAGACGUGUGACGGGGAAUGAACCAAAGCUUGGUCUUGCUAGUUCAAAGUAUGCGGUUAAGAUGUCUGGGGUUCAGCGACAGUGUGAGUAA